GCAAUCUUGAUAGAAACAUCUUGGUAAACAGCUGUAGUUGACAGGAUAUCAAAUAAUACACAUGUACGGUUAUACAUUUGUAUAAUAAACAAAUGACUUGAAAAAGGUACCUCACGUUUGUCACACAUAACAUCAUUUUUUAAAUACUACAAAACAAAUUUUUCAACAUGUGGAACGAAGAUCUGAAUCUUAUUGUUCUACCUACAUUGUCUACCAUGAUUUUCCUUGUAUUCACGAUCAAUUUCUUCCGAUACCUCCUAAGUAAUUCUCAUAUUCAGAUUAGAGAUGUUACAAAGGAACAUAAUUGGAAGUUAAUUAGAGGAACAACUAAAGCGUAUUACUGUAGUAUUUGCGAGGCUCUAUUGUUGAAUGUUGAUGGCCUUUUUUGUGAUUCUUGUGGUGUGUGUGCGGAUCGAGGUUGCAUAAAGCUUGCCGAUAAACAGCUAAAAUGCAAAGCGAUAACUUUUAAUAAUGAUCAACCGAUGAAGCAUCAUUGGGUCAAAGGUAAUUUACCACUUGUUGCUACGUGCUAUAUCUGCGAAGAGGAGUGCGACAUAGAGCCCGGCCUCACGGAUUGGUGGUGUUGUUGGUGUCAGAGAUGUGUUCACGAAGCGUGUAAAUCUGCCCUCUCCGAAAUUUGUGAUUUCGGAAAGUUCAAAUUAAUGAUUAUUCCGCCAGGAAGUUUGGAAGUGAUAAAUCGACGUAGCACAAUGAGACGCAGAUUACAUCUUCGUUCUGUUAUACCACCAAAUUGGUGUGAGUGGAAUCCACUCAUCGUUGUAGGAAAUCGAAAAUCUGGAAACAACGAUGGUGGCAAAAUUUUAUCUCUCUUCAGAAGAUUGUUAAACCCCGCGCAAAUCGUGGAUUUAGCUGACCGUGAUCCGGUCGCUGCUCUUGAAUGGUGUCGUUUAUUAGGAAAAACUCCAUCUACUAUACUUGUAGCCGGUGGCGAUGGAACCAUUGCAUGGUUACUAAAUUCUAUUUACAAACUCGAUUUGAAGCCUAUUCCGUCUGUAGCAAUAAUUCCUUUGGGGACAGGCAACGAUUUAUCUAGAGUAUUAGGAUGGGGAAAACAACACGAUUCGAAUUUGGAUCCCCUAGAAGUCCUGAAGAAGGUCCAAACAGCGGAGAAAAUGAUGCUUGAUAGGUGGUCUGUGAUGAUAAAACCAUACGGCGGGCUAAAAUUCAGAGGUUCGCAUCAAACCUUAUUUAUGUACAAUUACAUAAGCGUGGGCGUCGACGCACAAGUUACUUUGAAUUUUCAUCGCACAAGGGAGAGCCGAUUUUAUUUCUUCAGUAAUAGGAUAUUUAACAAAUUGUUGUACUUAUGCUUCGGCACGCAACAAGUCGUAGAAAGGGAGUGCAAGGAUCUCGAUAAAAGUUUGGAGGUCUACUUGGACGAUAAGAAAGUAGAAUUACCCUCCAUUGAAAGCGUAGUGAUACUUAACAUUCCAUCUUGGGCUGCUGGUGUUGAUCUAUGGAAAAUGGGACUAGAAGAUGACGAAAAUUCAGGAGUACAAAGUAUUAACGACGGUAAGCUGGAGGUAGUGGCUCUUUAUUCUUCAUUCCACAUGGCUCAGCUGCAAAUCGGUCUCUCAAAACCGUAUAGGAUCGGUCAAGCUAGUAGGGUGAAGAUAAAAUUGUUACGAUCAUGCGCCAUGCAAGUGGACGGUGAGCCUUGGUACCAACAUCCUUGCGAAUUCAAUAUAACGUACUGCAAUCAGACAUCUAUGUUGAUGAGUAAUGAUUUUUGAAUACGCAUUGACUCUACUGAUUUGCACAAAUAUAUUUACUUAUACAUUACUGUU